GUGGCGUCGUCACCCAUCGUCCUCCCACGCGUGCUGCUCUUGUCGUGAAGCGAUCGACGCCCUUUUCCUCCGGACGGGAAGCCAAAAGCACCGGCGCAUGGACCGCCAGCCCCGUGCCCAGGACGGGGAGAUGGAGGGCCGACGGAAGCGCCACCUCGUCGACCACGAGAUGAAUCCGCGGGGGAAGAAGAGGAUGAGCACCGACGACGAUCCGCGUGCCGGCGGAGCGUCCAGCUCAAACGCGAUGAGUUCAGAUGCGUUGGCUGAGAAGGUUCACGUGGAGGGCGAGAUGACCGACGAAAGCGCCGCGUCUGCUACACUGGCGCGGUCUCCACCGUCCUCACCCAGCGCUGCCCUAUCCGAGGAGUCGUCCACCUACUCCCUGCCCCAGGAGAUGGUAGACAGAUUGAAGCAAAUCAUGGCCAAUCAUGAGGCGGACGAGCAGUUGCAAAUUCAAAGAGACGCCGAGCUGUCCAAACUUACGGUGGAGAGCGAUUUUUGCGACAUUGAUGACGGCAGUUCCCGGAGUUGUAAAGCUCGGAAGGUGGCUGUGCUAGCUUCACGGUCUGUUGUUGGUCUCUCUUCAUUUUCAGAUGAAAAGAGGAUAAGAGUUUGCUCAGGAUUCGUGAUAUCAUCCGAUGCUUGUACAGAUACCUACAAAAUCUUAACUUCGGCAACACUAAUAAGGUCUCUUAACACGAAUAACAUUUUGAUCCCAGAUGUAAAGAUCAAGGUGUGUUUACCAAAUGGGGAUAUCUCUGAUGGCGUCAUAUCCAUGGUAGAUUUUCACUAUAACAUAGCAGUUGUUAAAGUGAAAUCUGACCAGAAACUUCCAGAGGCAGUUCUGAUUAGUGAAGUUAUCAAAAGAGGAGCCGUGUUAGCGAUUGGACGUUUCUAUGAUCAUGGUAGAGUGAUGUGCGCACAAGGUAAAAUCAGAAAACAAGCAAGUACAUUCGAUUGCUCAGAGCUUCUAGUAUCAAGCUGCCAGACGACCAUGGCGGGUGUUGGUGGUCCCCUUGUAAAUUACAGUGGUGAUGUUGUGGGUAUCAAUUUCUACGGAGAAAACCACACGCCCUUUCUUUCAACGGGAAUUAUUGUAAGAUGCUUGGAACAUUGGAGAAAAUAUGGAAAAAUAAUUCGACCUUGGUUUGGAAUCAUGUACAAGCCUAUUGAUAUGUUGCCACUUCGUGUUUUGGAGAAAUGUGCAUAUAUUGGCAAGGGUUUGUAUAUUUCAGAUGUGGCCGAGGGAUCACCUGCCGAUGUAGCUGGGGUUUGUGUUGGUGAUGUUUUGGUCGAAUAUGCUGGAGAAGUUAUCUGUAGUGCUCCAAAGUUUGGUGCAAUGUUGAUGGAUAUGUGUGAGGAAACACUCGAGGCAGAUACUUUAAGAAGCAACGUGAUUAUUGAGGUCAUUUUAAGAAAUCAAGGGGAUGGCAGCAUAGCGAGGAAGACGUUGCAUGCUGAUGCUUUAAGCGAGUUCAAUUACUAUAGAUGGCUAGAUCCAUUGCCGAACUACAAUCGCAAUGUUUAUGCUAGAGAACAUUUUAUGGAAUUAUAAUAAGGAGACAAAGUCUAGGUUUUGUUGAACAUAAUGGGAUUUUCCUUCCUGCGUGUACUGAUUUCUAUGAAGCUCCCUCUCUAAUGCCAUCGCCCUGAGCAAUCAGCCUCAUGACAAGUAAUCUUUUUUUGUUAAUGGCGUGUUCACAAGAAAGUGGUAUUGCAUCAACUAAAAUGAAGAUGCACCCAAGACUACGUCCUCAUGGGUGAAAAAGAAAAAUUACAAUUUCUUAGGUGAAAAAUGUUUCAUCAAUAUUAGUCAUGUAAAUAUAUUUGAGCCACACACAUUGGAAAUUUUCAUGAAGAAGAAAUAUUUGAGCCACAAAUGUUAUAACUUUUCAUGAAAAGCAUUGCUAUUUUGGGGAACGGAAAUUACUUCUUUUUUGUUACCGGAGUGCAAUACAAUAAGAAUCUUCUUCUACGAGGAUGUACACAUAUAACAUAAACAUU